AUGGAGUUUUUCAUCAGUAUGUCUGAAACCAUUAAAUAUAAUGACGAUGAUCAUAAAACUCUGUUUCUGAAAACACUAAAUGAACAGCGCCUGGAAGGGGAAUUUUGUGAUAUUGCUAUUGUGGUUGAAGAUGUGAAGUUCAGAGCACACAGAUGUGUUCUCGCCGCCUGCAGCACCUACUUUAAAAAGCUCUUUAAGAAGCUUGAGGUUGAUAGCUCUUCAGUAAUAGAAAUAGACUUUCUUCGUUCUGAUAUAUUUGAAGAGGUCCUGAACUACAUGUACACAGCAAAGAUCUCUGUGAAAAAAGAAGAUGUUAACUUAAUGAUGUCAUCAGGUCAGAUUCUUGGUAUCCGAUUUUUGGAUAAACUCUGUUCUCAGAAGCGUGAUGUAUCUAGUCCUGAUGAAAAUAAUGGUCAGUCAAAAACUAAAUACUGCCUCAAAAUAAAUCGUCCCAUUGGAGAUGCUGCUGACACUCAGGAUGAUGAUGUGGAAGAAAUUGGAGAUCAAGAUGACAGCCCAUCGGAUGACACUGUAGAAGGCACACCCCCCAGUCAGGAGGACGGCAAGUCGCCCACAACUACACUCAGGGUUCAGGAAGCGAUCUUGAAAGAACUGGGGAGUGAGGAAGUUCGAAAAGUCAAUUGCUACGGCCAGGAAGUAGAAUCCAUGGAGACCUCGGAAUCGAAAGAUUUGGGGUCUCAGACCCCUCAAACCUUAACAUUUAAUGAUGGAAUGAGCGAGGUGAAGGAUGAACAGACACCAGGCUGGACAACCGCUGCCAGCGACAUGAAGUUUGAGUAUUUACUUUAUGGCCACCAUCGGGAGCAGAUUGCCUGUCAGGCGUGUGGUAAGACAUUUUCUGACGAAGGCAGAUUAAGGAAGCACGAAAAACUCCACACAGCAGACAGGCCAUUUGUUUGCGAAAUGUGUACAAAAGGUUUUACCACACAGGCCCACCUGAAAGAACACCUAAAAAUCCACACAGGAUAUAAGCCCUACAGUUGUGAGGUGUGUGGAAAGUCAUUUAUUCGUGCCCCGGACCUAAAGAAGCACGAGAGAGUGCACAGUAAUGAAAGGCCGUUUGCAUGCCACAUGUGUGACAAAGCCUUCAAACACAAGUCCCACCUCAAAGAUCAUGAACGAAGACACAGAGGGGAAAAGCCUUUUGUGUGUGGCUCAUGCACCAAAGCAUUUGCCAAGGCGUCUGAUCUGAAAAGGCACGAGAACAAUAUGCACAGUGAAAGGAAGCAGGUUACCCCCAGUGCCAUCCAAAGCGAGACAGAACAGUUGCAGGCAGCAGCGAUGGCCGCCGAAGCGGAGCAGCAGUUGGAAACGAUAGCCUGUAGCUAG